CAAAAUGGACUGCAAAAACCAAAACACACAGACAACACGUCCUGUGUUGGCAAAUCUUAAUAUACAAUAAUUCAUUGACGUGAUUCUGGUUGAAACCUUUAUUAGUAUCUUAAUUUUUUUUGGGACUCCAAUCUAGCCAACUUUCAUUAUUAUAUACAAAUCAAAAUUAUUUGUGCUUUGCCAAAUCUUCACUCAUCCUCUUAUGUCUUUUCCUUAACAAUCAAAAGCCAAACAAGAACACCAGUUUGUUCAUUCAAACCAGAAACACAAAAGCAAUCAUUGAGCAGCAAAGUUUGGAUUUUUUCUUUGAUUCCUUUUCUUUAUCAUGGUCUCUGUUUCGGUCUUAUACUCUGUUUCUCUUUAGAUUUCUUCUUUACUCCUUCAUUUCCAUAUACCCUGAAGUUCCUUAAUCAUCAAGUUACUAUUUUUGUGCCAAAAUUAGUGUUUUUGAAUCCAAUCUGAACAUGGGUCACUACACUUUGUUGUUGAACACUUGUUUUCUUAUAGUGGUGUGUGCCUUCAUGGUUGUUCAUUUGCAACUUCCUGAAGUUGUCGAUGUGGACAACCACACCGACAACUCUUUCUCUAACAUAACAACCGACCAAGAUUGCAACAGUUUGCACAACCAUGACGACUACAAACACAAGUGUCUGUACCUCAAAUCCAACGAUCCAUGCGUGUCUCAGGGCUACAUCGAUUACCUUUUCUUCUUCUAUUGCAAGCUUGGGAGGUUCCCUCUUUUAGGUUACACUCUAUUGAUACUUUGGCUCCUUGUUUUGUUUUACAUGUUGGCAAACACUACUUGUCAGUAUUUUUGUCCUUCACUUGAAAAUCUUUCAAAGUUUCUCAGGUUGUCGCCAACAAUUGCUGGGGUGACUCUUCUCUCCCUUGGCAAUGGUGCCAGUGAUGUCUUCUCAAGCCUUGUUUCUUUCCAAGGUAGUGGGACCCAAAGCAUUGGCUUCAACACUGUUCUUGGUGGGGUUUCUUUUGUCACUUGUGUUGUUGUGGGCCUAGUUAGCAUUUCAAUACGUAACAAGAGUGUUGGGGUUAUCAAAUCUGCGUUUGUGAGGGAUGUUUGCUUUCUCUUUCUCGUUCUUUUGUUCUUGUUUAGCAUCUUGAUCAGUGGUGAGAUCAAUGUUCUUGGUGCAGUUGGUUUUACUCUUUUGUAUGGGUUGUAUGUGGUUGUUGUUUACGUGUCUUCCACGCGAUGGAAGGAUGGUUGUGGUGGCGAAGGGGUUGUCGGGGUUGUCGGGGUUGAUGGUGUUGCUGAUAUUGCUGAAAAUCUGAACGUGCAGCUUCUGAAUUCCAUUGAGAAAGGUUUUAUUGAUGAAAAUGAAAUGAAUGAUGUUAAAGAAAAGAGGAACUGGUGUUUGGGAUCUUCAAUAUGGCGAAAUUCCCUUUAUGCCCUUGAGAUGCCACUUUACUUGCCAAGGAGGUUGACAAUUCCGGUUGUUUGUGAAGAAAAUUGGUCAAAGCCAUUUGCUGUGGGUUCAGUGAUUUUGGCACCGGUUCUGUUAUGUGUAAUUUGGGUUCCUUUUAAUCGAGAAAAUUUUAUGAACACCUUUAUGAUCUAUGGGAUCGGUUUAUUAAUUGGAAUUGUACUUGGAAUAGCGGCAAUUUUAACUACAAAUAUGUCGGCGCCGCCGCCGCGGAAGUGGUUGUUUCCGUGGCUUGCCGGAGGGUUUCUGAUGAGUGUGACUUGGAGUUACAUUUCAGCUCAAGAAUUGGUAGGGUUGCUAGUUUCAAUUGGAUACAUUUGUGGAAUUAGUCCUUCAAUUCUAGGGUUAACGGUUCUUGCUUGGGGGAAUUCACUUGGGGAUUUAAUGACGAAUUUAACCCUGGCUAUAAAUGGUGGAUCUGAGGGUGCUCAAAUUGCAAUUUCAGGUUGCUAUGCUGGCCCAAUAUUUAAUACUCUUGUUGGGUUGGGUUUGUCUCUUGUUACUUGCACUUGGUCACAGUACCCACAAAAUGUUGUCAUCACUAAAGAUUUAUAUCUAUGGGAGACAAUGGGAUUUUUGGUCAUUGGAUUAAUUUGGGCACUUGUGGUUUUGAUUAGAAAAGAUAUGAAACUUAAUGGACUUUUGGGAGUGGGGCUUUUGGUAAUUUACUUCGUUUCUCUAUUUCUGAGGCUAGUUCAGACUAAAGGGUCUCUAGAUCUAGACCAAUUCUAAUAGAACUUUAUAAUUGAUAAUUCUUAAUUUCUAAGCCUGUUAUUAUUGUAAAAUUGGUGUAUUGAUACAAGUUUAAUAACAUAGAUUUAGAAACACUCAUGAAUGAGUUUUUAUUAUCA